AUGUAUAAGCACUUCUUCUCCCAUGUCGACGUGAAACCCGAGAACAUCAACAUCCUCAACGGGAAUGCACCUGACCUGGAAGUCGAAUGCCAUGACUACGAAGAGAAGAUCCAACGUGCUGGUGGCAUCGAGCUGUUCCUCGGCGGCAUCGGGCCAGAUGGACACAUUGCCUUCAACGAGCCUGGUUCCAGCCUCAAGUCUCGGACCCGCGUGAAGACUCUUGCAUACGAUACCAUUCUGGCCAACUCAAGGUUCUUCGGAAACAACCUCGAUCAGGUGCCGAAGAUGGCGUUGACCGUGGGCGUGCAGACUGUCCUUGAUGCGCGCGAAGUUGUGAUCAUCAUCACAGGCGCACACAAGGCCCUAGCUCUUCAGCGGUGCAUCGAAGGCGGCGUGAACCACAUGUGGACGCUGUCCAGUCUUCAGAUGCACCCGCACCCGAUGAUCGUUGUCGACGAAGACGCCACCCUAGAGCUGCAAGUCAAGACCGUUAAGUACUUCAAGAGCAUCGAGCGCGUAGGCUCCGAACUAGGCAUGCGCCAGAAGCUCCCCAGAAAGCGCGACUCGCUUGUGGACGAGGGGACCCUGCUAGCCCCUGACCAGCCAAACGGUAUCAGAUUGACUGUGCCGCAAGUUGAUCUCUCCCGUUCAGCAAGUCCCGUGCUGGAGCCAAUGAGCGCCCGUCUCUCCGACGACGAGGCAAGCGCUUUGCAAUUGCGUUCCAUGGAAUCGGAUUUGGACGAUGUCGCAGAUCAGCCCUCGGUCCGAAUGAGCGCUCGCGUCGCUAGCUAG